UUUACAUUUCUUUGUUGGUCUUAUUGGUCUAGUAUCUAGGGUCCUAAUCUUUGUUGUUAGUGUUGUGAUGAUAAAAUAUUGGCGUCAGUAAAGUAAAGUCCCCAGGACAUUUUCACACGUAUUGUUUUAUUUGAAGUUAAACAAGAGUGUCAUCAUGUCGAUUUCAACAAGUUUUCAACACAGCAGCUCAGAGCCCAAAGAAACUCCUCCUCCCGUGCCGAUUUUAAUCUUGCGCUCCAUCACCUGCACCAAACAUUCAUACAGGUAAAGGUGUGCUGAGCGUUUCCGCCUCUAGGCUCACAGGUGAGCCUUGUGUCCUGGAGCACCGCUGCCAUGGCCGAGUCUCAGUUGAUAUGCAUGGACGAUGAACACAUUAACGUGAAGAUACCGGAAUCCAAACCGGAAUUUUAUUACAGCGAGGCGCAGCGGGCCGCGCUCGAGCAGCUCUUGAAGAACGGUGAUGGCGCUUUUAAGAUGUGUCUCAAAGAGGAUAACGUUAAGGACUUUCUUUCCGCCAGGGAAAUCAAAUGGAUGCGCGACACCUUCCAGGAAUAUGACAGUGACUCAGACACCUGUUGCUCGCGGUCGCCCCACGAUACGAGUGAAGACUCGGGUGUUCACUCGACUUACUGGCCGACCAUGUCUGACACGGAGAUCCCUCCGCUGGACAUCGGUUGGCCCAGCAACGGCUAUUACAAAGGGGUGACCCGAGUGUCGGUUUACACCCACCCACCCAAAACGAACAGCCCGCAUAUUAAAGAGGUGGUGCGCAGACUCAUUCAAGAAUCUACAAAGGUGGUUGCAGUUGUCAUGGACCUGUUGACAGACCUGUUGAUCCUGCAGGAUCUCUUUGAUGCUGCGAGUAAAAGAGGGGUGGCUGUAUACUUGCUGCUGGAGGAGCACGGCUUGCCACACUUCCUGGACAUGAGCAGCAGACUGCAGAUUUCUGCACAACACCUGAGGAACCUGCGCGUGCGAACUGUGAGAGGCUCUGGGUUGGCUCUGUCAUUUGGUCGUCUGCCAGGAUCGCUGUGCUCCAAAUAUAUGUUGGUGGAUGGAGAGAAAGUGAUGUUUGGAUCAUACAGCUUUACAUGGAGCUCCUCCCGAAUGAACCGGAACACAAUCACUGUGAUGUCAGGACAAGUUGUAGACUUCUUUGACAAUGACUUCAGAGAGCUGUACGCUGUGUCUGACAAAGUGGACCUAUACCAUGAGUUUCACAUCACUAAGCCAUCCCUGAUCAUUCCUGUGCUGAAAAUACCAGCACAACCCACUAUGCAUGCAGUUCCCGUGUCCACCUCUCGCUUCCAAGUCUCUCUAGAGAGCACCAAACAGACUUACCUAAAGGUGCCAGCACAUAAAUACCACAAUCCAAAGUACUCUUUGGUUGUUGGCAACAGUCUAGGUAUGACUGGCUCCCUGCAGGAUCUUUCUAUGCUAAGGGACUGUGUUGACCAUGGCACUGUGAAUAACAUGGAAAAAUUAAUCUACACCAAUGGGGGCAGUAUAUGCCCACAGUCCCCAGUGUCCCCAGAUGGGACAGAGGACAGUAAAGGUGAUGGGAAGAAGCUUUCAAGUUCUAUUUCUAAAAAGCAGAGUUCUUCGUUCCUUACUUUCCUAAAAGUCAGGGCAAACAACCAGAGUACGGACUCGAACACAACCAAUCACAGCCCAGUCUCUAAAAUAACCAAUCAAAGCAAAGAUCCAAAACAGGUCAAUCAUAACAAGGACACUAAGGUAACCAAUAACUCCAAAGAAGCAUCUUGGUUGUCCAGUCAUAUCAAGGAAGUACAACAAGAGGAUGCAUCCAGACACAUGACUCCCAUACCGGCUCGCAAGAUCUCAGAGACUGACAGCACUGGUGAACUCGGGGACACCUUUGAGAUAAUAGAGAGUCCACCAGUGGUGAAGUUUAAAGGCAAAAAGAGCAAAAUGGGUCAGAGGAGUAUUUCUCUUCAGGCUAUUUCUACAGAUGGUGAGGAUGGCCUGAGAGGGCGGAGGCGUCACCAAAAGAAGACUUGUAUUCAGUCCUGAGGUAUCCGUUCUCAGCGAGUGGAAUCAACAUAAACAUGCUUACAAAUAAGGACUUUAGAUACAAAGACAGGUUAAACAGGAAUAUUAAAGGGAUAGUUCACCCAAAAAUGAAAAUUGUCAUCAUUUGCUCGCACAUGUUGUUUCAAACCUGGAUGACUUUCUUUCUUCCAUGAACACAAACGGAGAUGUUAGGCAGAAUAACCGCCUCAGUCACCUUUCACUUUUAUGGUAUGGAAAAAUUAUGAUAUGAAAGUAAAUGGUGAGAGACUUUACAUGCUCCCUAACCUCUCCUUUAUUCUUCCAUGGAAGAAAGUUGUAUGAGUUUGAAACAAAAUGACGGUGAGUGAAUGAUGACAGAAUUUUCAUUUUUGAGUGAAUUAUCCCUUUAACAAUAUACUGUAUACUGUAACUUUAAAGAGGGAAUUUGCCUCAUUAUGUUCACCUCCAGCAAUGUGUAAACAAUAUUGGACAAGAUGGGGAAAGUGAUUAUCCCUAAAAUAAUAUCAACUCUGUCAGGUGAAACUCCUAUUGGUGCUGAAUUUUGAGAGGAAUGUAAGGUUGUUAGAACAGCCUACAGAAUGCUGACAUUGCAAGGAGCUGGUCUCACAAUGAAUGACUGAAAGACAGAGCUCACACAGAUAUCGUGUGACUUCCUGUCGUGCAUUAUAGAGCUCAUUAGUGGACAGCAGUGUGCUCAGUGUGUGUGUUUGAAAAUGUGAACAUGUAAGCUUAUUUCUUUCUGAAUGUCAGAAGUAUUUCCUGUUCAGUAGAUGCUUGAUAUUUGCUCUACAAAUCCUUCCUGUCCAAAUCAGUUCCACUUACCUAAUGUUCAAUUCUGUGUCAUAAAGGAAUGAGGAAAAACGGUAAAGCUGAAAGAUGAGCAACUAAAGAAAACAGUGCCUGAUCACUUACCGUGACCGUGCAGCUUGUAUGUACAAAAUAUUGAAAGACCUAACCCAGCUAUGUAAAACUCAUGCCACUGUUAUUUGCAUGGGAUCAUCUGUACACGUUUGAUGUAUUAUAAACGUUGUAAUUGUCAGAGAUGGUUUCUUGAGUUUGUGAAUUCUUUCUUGUAUCCAGCUUAAUAUGCAGAGUCAGCCAUAAGUAAACCAUUUGUAGUUUAAUUUCACCAUAAAGUGUUACACUGUGACUCUUUUGCGCUAUGAUAACAUUCCUCUGUUUGUUUGAGCAACCAGUCCAACCCGGCACAGAAACAUUGGCUCAAGUUUGGGGCAGGACUAUCUGUUUGUAUGGAAGGAGGGGCAGUUUUCUGGAAUCUGUUUGAAAACAAUGAUUAUUUUUAGAAUUCCAUUUGGUGCCUCUAGUAGCACAUAAAACAGCACAGAAAUAACAGUAAACAGUGGACUUAACUUGGACUCCAGAUUAGAGGCUGGUGAACAUAAGGCUUUAGGUCUACAAUGAGAAAUAUUUUGCCACAAUAUCGUGACUGUUUAGAUAAGAUAAUUCUCUCAUGGACUCUGAGUAUGUGCAGUCGUUUGCUCCUGUAACAUGAUGAUAACAGCUGGUUUACUGUAGUAAGGUUUAAAGACUUUUAAAAGAUCAGACAAGUACAGCACAGAACAAGCAUGCAGCCUUUUAUUAGAUUUGACUUGGACUUGUGAUAAAAGACUUUGUAUCAGAAACUGUCUUUUAUUUGUACAAUUCCUGCAACACUCUGUACUGUUUCUUUAAAGAAUGUAAUUGCCUUAUGGCACCUUGAAUUUAUAGAUGUAAAGCGCUUUUUUUAGAUAAUGAUGA